AUGUACGCGUCCGGGCUAUGUGCGUUUAGAAAAUUUAAGGUGUACGCAAACAUGGACAGUGUGUUCAUUGUGGGAAUUAAGAAGAAGGAAGAAACGUAUGAGAUAACGGAAAUUGAAAAAGCAAAGGAGGUGUUAAUAAAACUGAGUGUUACAUUAUAUUCAAAAGGAGCAUGCCGUACUUUUAUAAAAAAUCGUAGAUUGGAAUAUUUAUGCAAAUGUGAAGGUAUCCUAGGAUGUAUACGAUUUUUGAAUUACCCCUACUUGUAUGUAUUAACAAAAAAGGAAAAAAUAGGAUGCCUAUUUAAUGAGCAUACCAUAUAUUCAGUAAAGAAUGUGUUGUUGGUACCAUUUAGGGAAGAUAUAUUUGAAAACUUCAAUGAAGAGAAUGAUUUGAUACAAUUAUUUUAUAAUAACAUAAAUCAUAAAUAUAUGUACUUUUCCUAUACGUACAAUUUGGCACAUAGUGUACAGGAUAAUUAUUUUAUACAAAAAGAAUUUCUGAAAGGAAAUACAAUAUAUAAUAGAUUUUAUAAGAAUAAUUAUAUAUGGAAUUAUUAUCAUUGUAAAAAAUUUAUUAAGAGUAAUGUAUUUAUAUGUUUGUUUGUAGUGAAUGGUUAUUUCGUGCAAUCAAAAUUUUCAUGUUCAGGUAAAAUUGUUAAUGUAACAUUUGUAGCUAGAAGAAGUAAUAAAUAUGCAGGUACUAGAUAUAGAAAGAGGGGUGUGAAUUCGAAGGGAUAUUCAGCAAAUGAAGUAGAAUCUGAAAUUAUUCUGUUUGAAAAGAAUAAUCUGAAUGCUAUUUUAUCUUAUGUACAAUUAAGAGGGUCAGUACCUAUUAUUUGGAAUCAAUCUAUAAAUUAUACAUUAUUAAAAAAACCCAAAAUAAAAUGCACAAAGAAUGAUAUAAACUUUACUUGUAGUAAGAACCAUUUCCAAUUAUUAUUUCGUAAAUAUGGUUAUCCAGUUACUGUCGUAAAUUUGUUAAGUAAGAAAAAACAUAGUGAUGAAGAUAAUUUGUCCAAAGAAUAUAAAGAUUGUAUUGACACAUUAAAUAGAGCACUACCUAAAGAAAUUCAAAUUGUCUAUAAACAUUUAGAUUUAAGAAAAGCAUAUAAAAUAGGUACUAAAUAUACACAGUAUAAUUUAAAACUAUUAUUUAAUUUUUCCAUAAAAAAUAUAGGCUUUUUUUAUAUACAUAAUUCCAAGCUUGUUUUAAUGCAACGAGGAAUACUUCGAUUCAAUUGUGUUGAUUGUUUAGAUAGAACAAAUGCUGCUCAACUUUUUUUAAAUAUUUACACAUUUAUAAAAUUUAUGAAAAUAAUUAAAUUACUAAAAAAAAACAAUAUCAAUAUAAAUGAUAUAUCUCAUCUAUCCCAAUUGUAUGAACAAUUGGGGGAUGCUAUUGCCAAACAAUAUGCUGGAUCCACUGCUCAUAAGAAAUAUACACCAGGACAGCAUAUCAAUUUUUUUAUUCAGUCAAAGGAAUUGUUUACAUCUAUUAAGAGAUAUUAUAUAAGCUCAUUUAACGAUUUGGAAAAACAAAAAUGUAUUAAUUUGUACCUAGGUGUAAUUGAUUCCAAAUUGGAGCAUAUUAAAAAUUCAAACGAACUGGACACCUUUGUGCAUAAUGUGUAUUUCAAGGAUAGAGGGUGCAACCCCUUCUGGUGGGUUAUACCCCUGGAGCAUUUCUACUAUAAGGUAGAAUCGCUGUUCGAAUUGAAGAGGAAAAGUGGAUGGGCAGACGCUAACGAUAGAAAAUGUGUUAGCAAUAAAGAGAGGAAAACCACUCUUCAUCGCCAGAAAAAUAUGCACAACUUACCCAAAGGGACGAUUACAAGAAAAUGGGGUUCUUCUUUUAAUUUUUUUAGGAAGAAGAAAAAAAGAAACAACAAAAUGAACGAAAUAAAAAAUGGAAUGGGUGCAGAUUGCGAGGGUAGGACACGUCAGCAGUGUGGGGGGUAUACCCUCAUAUCCAACCGUUUAGAUGAAUUUUCGGCAAACGAAAAAACAGGGGUUCAAAAAAGAAAAAAAAAAAAAAGUAGUGGUAGAAGUGGAAGUAGCAGUGAUCAUAAUAGGGGCAGAAAUGACAAAUGUACUUAUAAUGGCAGCGGUAAUAAGAAGAAUGGUCUCCUUUCGCCAAAGGGGUGGUCUAGGCUAUGUGCACCGAAAAAAGAGAAAAAAGAUAUGAUUAAGGACAUGUACAAGAAUUUUAAAUUCUACCGUUGCUUUAGUAACACAAAUAUAUUUAGACAUCUUUACAAUGUGAACAAUAUGCAUGACGAUUUUAUUUUAACCAAUUUCAACAUAUCGGAAAGAAAAGAAUUUAAUAAUAUGAACUCUAAUGGUGAACAUGCAUUUUUUUUUUGUGAAACAAUAGAAAGAGAAGUGGAGGAGAGGAAAAAAAAACAAGUUAGUUGUGGGACUUUCUCCUUUUUGCACAUGUUUACACAUUUUGCUCAUAUAUACAAAUAUUACAAUGUAUACAAAAGAAAUUUUCAUUUUUUUUUUAAAAAUAAAAAUAUAUUUCGAUAUAAAAUAUGGCGUUUGAUUGCUUGUUAUAAUUAUUUGAAUUAUUUAAAAAUCUAUUUUAAUUUUUUUUUCCUUUUCUACUAUUGUUUCUGUGUCAAGUACAACGUAAAAUUGGUGUAUAUGCACCAUUUGAACACAUUAGCGGAGCAGAAGGGGAAUAAUGUGCGUAAUGUGAAUAAUAUGAAUAGUAAGCAUAAUGCUUAUAGUAGGAAUAGUGUAAGUAAUACGAAGGAACAGGAAGAUGCACUGCGAUGUUCCACUACGCAUGCAGUACUUAACGUGAACACGUUUGAGAAAGAGGUGCAGCACGUCAUUGAAAAUUUUAAGAAAUACAAAAACGUUUCAUUUGUACUAGAUUCCUAUUUAAACUAUUACAAUGUUAAUAAGGUAGCUUAUAAUUACAUGUUGGUAAGUGCGUCGUCUAUUGUAGGCGCCGAGGGAGAAGGAGAAAGAAAAAGAAAAAGAAAAAGAGAAGAAAAAAGAGGAAUAAGAAGAGAUAUAGAAAGCAGAAGAAAAGAAAAAGGAGUAGAAAAAAAAGGAACAAAAACCACGCUCAGGAGGGCAACACGAAUUAUAAAAGAAUGGUCGACUAAAAAACUCAGAAGUAGAGGGCAUGUAUUGCUUUUAAGUAAUAACUUUACUGAAGGGAAUCACUCUGUACGUGUUCUUAAUUUGAAAAAUUCCUUCUCAUUCGAGAAAGGUACACCAAAUAGAGAAAGGAUGAACAGUUUUGUUAACAACAUCGAUAUAGAUACACGUGAUGAUGAACAGUUAGAUGUGUAUCACAUUAGAAGGAAAAUCAAACUUAAUAGAAUAAAAAAGAGCGUACAAGGAACCUUUGUAUCAGAAUAUUAUGUACCAAGUUUAUAUAAAACAGUGAACACAAUACAUGAAGAAGAAUGUAAAAAAAAAGAAGAACGUAAAAAGGUCAACAUGUCUUAUUUGUUCUGCCCAAUAUACUUUAAUGUUAACUUGAUAAAAUUUUUUUUUUUUGUUUAUUACCAUUAUUGGGUAAGGGAGAGAGGUGCUACGGUGGGGCCAAAUAUUCUGUCACUGCUGCAGGAAGAGGUACAAGUUAAACAUAAUUGUAGUUGUAAUGUUAGUAGUGGUAAAAAUAUCAGUGGGGAUAGUGGGGUUCUACCCGAGCUGCCUUACAAUGCGCAGUUUUUGCUUAAAAAGUUGUUACGUUCCCCUUCAGUGGACGUAUUUUUUUCCGAGUUAUACUUGUCAUGUAUUUACAAAACACAUCAUUACAAAGAAUUAAAUUUGUGUUUCUAUGAAAAUUUAAAAACAGCUUUUUAUAAUAACACAAAAAGUAGUAUAAAGUCUGAGGAGAAAUUAUUUAUAGAAGAAUAUAAUACAUUUGAAAAUAUAUGUAAAAAAAAAAAAGAGGUUUCAUUAAUAGAUAAAAAAAUAGCAAAUGAGAUAAACCAGAAUUAUAAGUCACUGGAAAGUAGAUAUUUAUCAGUAAAGAAUUUUAAUAAAAAAUAUUUCACUGAAAUGAAACAUAUAAAGCAACGAGAUGAGAAAAUAAAAAAUUCUUUUAACAAGAAAAAUUCCAUAUAUAAUAAACAAAUGAGCGAUUAUAUUAUUAUGUUGACUUAUUUUAAGGAUUACAUCAAGAAGAGCGAGAAGAAAAAGCUCAAAUGGAAACAUACAUACAUAAAUGAUUUUAACGUCUUAAGAGAUAGAAUUGAAAGUCAUAUGAAUUAUCAGCGGUACUGUGACCCGAUGAGCAGGGAAAUUUUCCUGGCAUAA